AUGCGCCCAGCGACGACGCUCGCUCCUCGCCGGCCAUUCUUCAUUAUGCAGGCUCCGCCACGCCAGGGCGCCAACGUCCUCUCCUUCAUCGGCGAGGACGAGGUCAAGGAGCCGCGGCCCAUGACGGCCCAGCACACGUACACGCACCUCACGACGCCCGAGUACAACGUGGUCACGAUCGGCGGACCGGACGCCCGCGUUAGCCUGCACCGGAAAGGCCAUCGCAGCUCCAAGGUCGACAUGAUGCUGCGGUCGUCGGCGGUCGCGACGCGCCUCUCGCGCAUCUCGAUGGCGUCGUCGUACAUGCCAUCGAUGAGCGAAAUGUCGUCGACGCGGGGCGGCGACGCGCUGCGCACGCCCAUGAUGGAAGACCGGACCAGCAACAUCUUUGACAGCGCUCGUGGCACGAGCGCGGCGCCGGCGGACCCGCGCUACAAGCUGCAGGCGCUCAAGGAUGUGCUCAGUGGCAUCGCCGACAAGAACGGCAUGGUCGACCGCGCCACGUUCUCGGCGACCUUUGACGUUGGCCACCACGACUACAUGGCGACUAUGCAGAACACCGAAGACGACGACUACGUGUCCAUGAUGGAGAGCGUCGACACGAUCGACACCAAGGCGCUUCUCGUCGACGCCUGUAUGGAGCUCGACCUCGACCUCGAAGAGAAGCUGCGGUUCAUUUUCGAGCUCUUUGAUCCGGGCCACACGGAGGCCAUCACGCAGCCGCAGGUUGCGCGGCUCCUCGAAGCCAACUUUGCGCAGUUCAAGCUCCACGCCGUCGGCGCCAACUUUAACGAAAUGGCGCGCGUCCUCUUCGAGAAGGCCAACGCGGUCGACGACAUCAUGGGCUACGACCAGUUCCGCGCGGUCUUUCUCCCGCUGCUCCAAGCCGCCAACGACGAUGCCGCCGACGACGAGGUCGCAGCGUAUGGCACUAACGUCGUGCCACUGCCCCGCACGGGCUUGGCGCCGAUCUGGGAGAAGCACUCGCUGCGCAUCCUCUGGCUCCUUCUGUACUUUCUUCUCAACGCGAUCGCGUUUGUCGCGAAAUGGUCGGCUUACAAGUUUGACCCGGCGCUCGGGUACGGGCUCCAGAUCGCCCGCGGCUGCGCCCAAGUCGUCAUGCUCAACUUUCUCUUCGUGCUCCUGCCCAUGUGCCGCAGCAUCAUUCAGGUCAUGAAGCGGUCGUCGCUCCUCUGGCAGCUCAUUCCGUUCGACGACAACAUUGCGUUCCACAAGAUCACGGGCUCCGUGCUGCUCAUCGCGGGCCUCAUCCACACGGGUGCGCACGUCUCGAACGAGAUCAUGCUCUACCUUGUUGCGACGCCCGACGAGAUUGCGCGAUCGAUCUUCGUGCAGCGCAACUGCAGCCUCUUCGCCAACGGGACGCUCCCGCCCUUCUCGACCAUGGUCGUCCAGCUCCCGGUCCUCACGGGCGUCGUCCUCCUCUUGAUUACGCUUGUAUCGUUCCCGCUGGCCGCGAUCCCGCGCUUCCGCCAAGGCAAGUUCAACCUCUUUUGGUACUCGCACAUGCUCUUCCUGCCGUUCCUUGUCAUUGGCUGCUUCCACGGCGCCACCUCGUGGCUCUCGAAGGCCCAGGCCGAGUACUGGAUCCUCCCGCCGUUCCUCAUCUACCUCGUCGAGCGCCGGCUGCGGUACACCAAGCUCUUCACCGUGCCGCUCAAGAUCAUGCGCGCGCAAAUGUACGACGGGACCGUCGCCUUGUACAUUGAGAAGCCGAAGCGGUUCGUCUACCGCCCGGGCAUGUACAUCUUCCUCAACGUCCCGGCCAUCUCGGGCUUUGAGUGGCACCCAUUCACGAUCUCGUCGGCACCGGGCGACCAGUACCUCGGCGUGCACAUCCGCGACGCAGGCGACUGGACGCAUGCGCUCCACGAGCUCAUCAAGAAGGCGGCGAUCACGAAGGUGUACCCAAGCGUCUACGUGGAUGGCCCCGUCGGCGCGCCGACCCAAGACUACCACCGGUUCAAGACGAUCGUCAUGAUUGGCGGCGGCAUUGGCGUCACGCCGUUCGCGUCGAUCCUCAAGGACGUCGUGCACCUCUGGGACGAGUACCGGUGCCGCAACUGCAACUGCGUCCGGCACCCGAGUUCGUUCAAGAUCCAGAAAAUGUACUUUCACUGGACGACGCGCGGCCAAGAGUCGCUCGGGUGGUUCCAAGAGACCAUGAACGACAUUGCGAGCAUGGACCGCGACAACAUCAUCGAGAUCCACCAGUAUCUGAGUACGCUCAAGAGCGACGACCAGCGCGCGGCGCCGCUCAAGAUGUUUCAGAGCUUCAUGCACAAGGAGACCGGCACGGAUGUGAUCUCGGGCAUGAAGUCCAAGCAGAUGACGCACUUUGGCCGACCGGACUGGGACGCCAUCUUCCGCGACCUGCGCCGCAAGCACAAGGGCGAAGAGGUCGGCGUCUUCUUCUGCGGCCCCCACGCCCUCGACAAGGUCCUCGGCGACCUCUGCCACAAAUACUCGAGCGAGCCCGAGACCGGUGGCACCUACUUUGACUACCACUCGGAAAAGUUUGCCUAGAUUUUCUUAUCCUAUGUACACUCUAAUCUUAUUGCGGCCGUUGGCGCACCGUUCGUACA